UGCGUGCCGGGUCUGGCCCUGCUCUGCGGCCCGCGCUCGGCGUUCCGGGCCUCCGGACCGCGCGCCCGCUCGGGGGCUGCGGGUCUGGCCUCCAGGUGUGGACCUAACAGCGCCCUGUAGCCUUCUGAAGCGCUGACAUCUGCGAAGGGCUUUGUAUUGUAAACUCAGUCAGAGCGCGUCGUAGUCCCGGAAGCGCUUUGACAUCCCCGAAGUAGCGCUGUGCAAACCGAAGCGCUUGGUAAUCGCGGAAGCACGUUGUGGCCUCGGAAACCAAAUCGAACGAAGCCUUUGGUAAAUCCUGGGACCUUCUGGACUUCUCCGAAGCGCUUUGGAAUCGCAGACAUUCGAAGCGCUUUGACAUCUCUGAAACCUUGAGCACUGUGAUGGGCAGUGGAAAGAAGGGGGAAAGGUGCCCAUGGCGUCGGAGAGGCGCAAGGUCAAGUACCACUGGAGCAGCCCUUCGGAGCGGAGUUCCCGCAAGCGCAGCUACCUCCGGGAGCCCAGCCAUGUGGCCCCCUCCAGCCGGCCAGCUCACAGCUCUGUGUCGCGUUCAGGAGGGGCCAGCAGCCCCAAGCGCAUGAAAACUCAGAAGGAGCAUGGUGUGUCCUGGGGCUCAUCCCGCCGCAGAAGUUCCUCCUCCUCCUCCCAUUCCUCUGGCCCAGGUGUGGGUGGGGCCGCCUCCAAAGGAGGCCUGAUUGCGAGCUCGGGAGAGUUCCUUUCGUCAGGGGAAUCCCCUCUGUGCCCCGCCAGACCUUCUCUAGAAGAAAUGGCUUCUCUCGAGGAGGAAGCCUGCAGCCUUAAGGUUGAUUCCAAAGAUAGUUCCCGUAAUCCCAUGGAUUCUGAAUUUGCAGCUGAAGCUGAGGUUCAGAGUGACAUAAUUGAGGAACCAGACAAGGUCCAGAAAAGGCAGAGGGAUAGACUUCGAGACCAAGGCUCUACCAUGAUCUACCUAAAGGCCAUCCAAGGCAUCCUGGGAAAGUCAAUGCCAAAAAGGAAGGGAGAGGCUGCCAUGAAGGCAAAACCCAACACAGCAGAGUGUGCCAGCCGCCGAGAGGGGCCAGCCAGGAGUGUCACCACGUGUGCUCCUCAGAAAGAGAAAAAGUCUGCCCCAGAGGUCAGAGCGGAGGAGGAGAAGGCUGUGCCGGAGAAGAGCAGCUUCUGGGACAGGAGAGUGGUGAUAGACCCUCAGGAGAAACCUAGCGAGGAGCCCCUGGGUGGCCAAAGGACGGUCAUUGACAAGCGCUGUCCGGUCCUGGAGUUUUUGGAUGACUCUGCCUCGCAUGUAAACGGCCAGAAACCUAAAGAUCGGGAGGUGGUGAUGGAGCGCACCUCUUCAGGAAGUGACUGGUCCGACGUAGACGAGAUUUCCACAGUCAGAUUCUCUCAGGAGGAGCCUGUAUCCCUGAAACCCUCAGCGGUUCCAGAGCCUUCUCCCUUCCCCACGGAUUACGUCAUGUACCCGGCUCACUUGUACAGCAGUCCCUGGUGUGACUAUGCCAGCUACUGGACCAGCGGUCCCAAGACCCCCGGCUACCACUCCGUGGGCAAUGGCGGCAGCGACACAGUGCAGGUGGAGAGGAGCGGCCGGGGCUCUUCCCCCCACUCAACGGUGAGCCCCCAGCACAACUCCAGAGCGCCCCAGGCCACUGAGGAAGGCAGAUCCCGGAAGUCACGUUCAUCUCAUUUCUCCAGAAGCUCAGAAGAAGAAGAGGUAAAGGAGAAAAGAACAUUCCGGGAGGAUGUGCCGCCACGUCCGUGUGGAGCACCUGCAUCUAGCUCCCUGCCCAGGAGCCGUCGGGAGCCCAGGUUGGAGGGUUUCAUCGACACCCAUUGUCACUUGGACAUGCUGUAUUCCAAGCUGUCGUUCAAAGGGAGCUUCACAAAGUUCAGGAAAAUUUACAGCAGCUCCUUCCCUAAGGAGUUUCAGGGCUGCAUCUCCGACUUCUGCGAUCCUCGCACACUGACAGAUGGCCUCUGGGAGGACCUGUUGAAAGAGGAUCUGGUGUGGGGGGCCUUUGGCUGUCACCCCCAUUUUGCACGUUACUACAACGAGAGUCAAGAAAGAAAUCUUCUGCAGGCCUUAAGGCACCCCAAGGCUGUGGCAUUCGGGGAGAUGGGCUUGGAUUACUCUCACAAGUGCACCACGCCUGUCCCGGAGCAGCACAAGGUGUUUGAGAGGCAGCUGCAGCUGGCCGUGUCUCUCAGGAAACCCUUGGUGAUCCACUGCCGUGAAGCUGAUGACGAUCUGCUGAAAAUCAUGAAAAAAUUUGUGCCUCCAGACUACAAGAUUCACAGGCAUUGCUUCACCGGCAGCUACCCAGUCAUUGAGCCCCUGUUGAAGUACUUUCCCAACAUGUCCGUGGGCUUCACGGCGGUCCUGACCUACUCCUCUGCCUGGGAGGCCCGGGAAUCUCUGAAACAGAUCCCGCUGGAGAGGAUCAUCGUGGAAACUGAUGCUCCCUAUUUCCUGCCUCGACAGGUUCCCAGGAGCCUUUGCCAGUAUGCCCACCCAGGCUUGGCCUUGCACACGGUUCGAGAGAUUGCCAGGGUCAAAGACCUGCCGCUCGCCCGCACCUUGGCCACCCUGCGUGAGAACACUUGCCGCCUCUACAGUCUUUAAGCAGAGAGCGUGCCGUCAGGAGUCUCCCAGAAAAGGAUGACCAGCGGCCCGACAGGAGAAAGGCCGUGUGAGCUCUGCCUGUGUGUCCUGCUCGAGGAUGUUUGAGAGCCCGCUGGGAUGGAGGAAACCCGGACAGGACGUUUCCUGAGACCUCGUCGGAGGCUUCCGCUUCAGGCUGGUUGGGGGUGGGGCCGGCGUGCGGGGCGCUGGCGAGGGGCUCGGGCUGGCCUCCUGGCUGCGGCGCUCCAGGGCAGCCCGGGAAGAAGAGGAGGCUGAUGUGAGGGCGCAGCGAGUUUGCCCGCCCGGUGCCUGUCUCCGCAGCUUGUGGUGCGAGCAGCCUGUGAAUAAAGUCACACUGCUCCUCAGCUAAGUGCACGUAGGCCUGUAGCUUGGUUCCUGGUUCUCCUCUGUCAGCGCCAGCCCCCGGUGGGAGGUCUCCUCUGGGGGACAUUUGCCAGAGACCUGUGUUAGAGGCCGAUGUUCCUGCGGCCAGAGGAGGCAGCCCCGCCCUUCCCCGGAUGACUCUUCCGUCUGGCUCUCGCUGUUGCUGCGUCAGCUCCGAGUUGGCGCUGGCGGAAGAACCUUGGCUGCUGCUCUCACUGGUUCCACUGCCAGCAGUAUGGAGGGGCCAAAGGGGCGUCCACGGUCCAGGGCAAGUCCUGGCUGAGGAACGUCUGGACAGACUAGGGGACUUGAGGAGGAGGAAGCCUGCUUGAGGAAGACGACCCCGAGGAAGGCGGUCCCACUUACCGAGGCCCCCAGGGCUGCAGCUCAGUUGUGUUAAACUGACAGCGUCCAGUCUGCAGCAGAUGCUGUCUGCUAGUCUGCUGUCAGGGACUCCCAGCUGCCCUGUGCUCCACUUGGCCCCCUUCUCCUGGAGCGCUGGACCAAAAAUAAUCCUUCUCUUUCAUCUCAUGUAACAGCCCUGUGUGUGCCCCAUCCAGGUCGGGAGGUAAACCAAUUUAAAUUUCCAAAGCUCUGCUGGCGCUGCCCAGCCCUGUUCUAUUGCCUAUGCAGAACAAGAGGCCUGGUGUCCAUGGAUCUCCCGUUCCGCAUCCUGGGGCUCUCCCUUGCCUUGGCCUCGGCCGCUUCCUUUCUCCGUGGUGAAAGUGAGAGCCCCUCCUUGGACUUUGAACAGCCAGGUCAUCUCAAGUUCUGAGCUGUGCUCUGCUCCCUGCUGGUGCCUUGUAAAGGUGUGUUCAUUACAGGCCCUGGAAGGUUAUGACGGUCAAGGGUUAAGUGUGAGGAUGCUCUGCGUUUGGGACCAAAGAAUCCUUUAUUCCUAUCUUCUUCAGUGCGACAGGCCACCCGGAGUCCCUUGUCUGUUUCUUGGAGGCCAGUAGCUGAAAUCGUAAGAUCCAUUGCUUAUGUUGGAUGCCUCUAGGUGUUUGUGGAAGGUGCUUUUGAACCUCGUAACCUGCAAGGGAAUGGACUUUGCAUUUCAUAUGUGGUAUUUCCCUCUUGCCUCGGUACCCAAGUUGCUGGCCUGGCAAGUAGGCCUUAAUUCACUGUCGACCUUCGAUGGAUCAGUUGUGCGUCACCUGUGCUGCAGAUUUGGCAAAUCUGGGGCCUUGUUCUCCUGCUUGGAAGAUUUAGAGGACUAAGUAUUUCACAGUGCUUUGUUGUCACCCAAUGAACUGUCCCUUAUCCAUCUCCUUCGCAGCGAGGCCUGUACAUCACAACUGCCUCCGAGGGAAACCACCCGGGCCUGUGUUCAAGGACUAAGAGUGAUAAUAACUCAGUGGAUGUCUCUGAGCCAUUGCAGUCUCCCUGCCAAAGUAAAGCACAAGGUGCUAUAUACCUUUAUCUCCAGGAUUUAGGAUUAUCAUUUCUGUUACACAGUGAAACAUUACCUGUGUGGGAGUGAAAGCUGGUUGGCAUUGUUCUUGAUUGUUUUUGGAUGGCUGACUUGAUUGUUUUUGCUGUGUUGCCAGAAUGCCUCUGUAUCUCUGCCCCCUUCCUCCCUUUGACCAUCUCUUUCUGAAAAUAAAGUGAUGGGUCUUCAGCCAACUCCCAUGGUCUCCAUGUUCGUUUAUAUUUCUCAGAGUGUUAAUGAUGGUUUAGUUGGUGACUAGCUUUGUAACCUCAGAAUCCAAAGGUCUGGAGACAUUCACAAAUGUACCUGUACCUCAGCAAAAUUCAACUGGAAAAGGCUUCCCUGGUGGCGCAGUGGUUAAGAAUCCACCUGCCAAUGCAGGAGACACGGGUUCGAGCCCUGGUCUGGGAAGACCCCACAUGCCGCGGAGCAACUAAGCCUGUGCGCCACAACUACUGAAGCCUUUGCUCUAGAGCCUGCAAGCCACAACUACUGAGCCCGUGUGCCAUAACUACUGAAGCCCGCGCGUCUAGAGCCUGUGCUGUGCAACGAGAAGCCACUGCAAUGAGAAGCCUGCACACCGCAACGAAGAGUAGCCCCCACUCUCUGCAACUAGAGAAAGCCUGUGUGCAGCAAUGAAGACCCAACACGGCCAAAAACAAAUAAAUUAAAAAAAAAAAAGAUUUGCUAAAAAAAAAAUAAAAAUUCAACUGAAAAGAAGAAUCCCUGGUACCUUCUUAAAAGUUCUGCUGUCUUGGAGCAUUAACUCUCAUUUUACUGCUUGGAAACACCCUGAUACACUGCUGCUUCUUAGCUGUGAAAAAUACAUAGACACCUUUGUUCCAGAGCAAUGCAGUAGGAGGAGGAAAAAUUGAGUACACGAGGGUGUUGAUGACUCAGUUGUACUGUGGGCUUUGAACUGUGAACCCUGAUGCCGCUGGGUAAACUUUGGAGGAAAUUUUGCUUCACUGCUUGCAGUCAGUCUUCCAGUUUUGUCCUAAGGUAUCCUUGAACACAAGUAAGUGCUCAAGCCCAGAGCAAACCCGUCAAAAGGGAGGCUCUGUUCCAAGAAUGGUAAAGAAAUUUGGAAUCUGUUGAUGCCUCAUCUCAGACGCACAGUCGUUGGUUUGCGUAUUUGCAGCACAUUCCUCACGGUCUCAGCUCUGUCCCAGCUGGACAUACGGCAGCUGUGUCCACUGGACACAGUGAUAGUCUCUUUGUGGCUGGAAAUCUGCUCUUGGCCUUUCUGGUGUUUUACGUCUCUCUUCCUGUAUUAAGUUUGGGACCAAUAGUAAUCAUUUACCGCGAACACUUUCUUUUUUGCCUCAGGCAUUUCUGUAAGAUCAGGGCAAAGGGCCACUGAAGUGUACGGUGCUUGAAUAAAGUGUCCAGGAUGGCAGCAGAACUGUCAGUCAGUGGCCAGGCAGCCCUGUGCUCCCUGUAAAUGCUCAUUUGUCAACGAUGUUUGAAAGUGGAUUCAGACUAAAGGAAGGUAGCCAAGCGUGGAUCUCUAUUCUUCUGUCUGUACACAGUCGUAAGAGAAUUUCUUAACCCUCUGUAAGUGUGUAAGAUGUUAAGGACUUUCAUGGUGGCACAGUGGUUAAGAAUCUGCCUGCCAAUGCAGGGGACACGGGUUUGAUCCCUGGCCUGGGAAGAUCCCACAUGCCACGGAGCAGCUAAGCCCGUGCUCCACAACUAAUGAGCCUGCGAGCCACAACUACUGAGCCCGAGUGUCACAACUGCUGAAGCCUGUGUGCCUAGAGCCCGUGCUCUGCAACAAAGAGAAGCCGUGACAAUGAGAAGCCCUCGCACCUCAAUGAAGAGUAGCCCCCGCUCGCCGCAACUGGAGAGAGCCCACACGCAGCAAUGAAGACCUAACACAGCCAAAAAUUAAAACUAAUUAAUUAAUUUUAAAAAAGU